AUGGCACCGGCAGGGCACCGCCACCGGCAGCGGCGGCGUUGGCUCCGGCCGGGCGGCGGCGGGACUCGGCGGCUCCGCCUCUGCCCCGGUCACGUGAGGCGGCCCCGGCGGCUCAGAUCCGGCCCGGGCGGAGCCGCCGGCCCCGCGGCUGGGAACGGGCUGGCCGCGGUGCUUCCCGGCCCCGCACCCGCUUCUCCGCGGCCCCCGGGCCCCCUCCGCCCCCGGGAGCUCCGCGCACCGUCGGGGAGCGCGGGUGCCGCGUCCCCGGCCAUGCCGGUGCCCGGUGGCGGGCAGCGCGGGGGGAGCCGUCGGUGGCCGGGGGUGCGGGCGUGGCUGCCGGUGCUGCGCUGGCUGCCGCGCUAUUCCCCGGCCUGGCUGCAGCUCGACGCGAUGGCCGGCCUGAGCGUCGGGCUCGCCGCCGUGCCGCAGGCGCUGGCCUACGCCGAGGUGGCCGGGCUGCCUCCGCAGUACGGCCUCUAUUCUUCCUUCAUGGGCUGCUUUGUCUACUGCUUCCUGGGCACCGCCAAGGACGUGACGCUGGGUCCCACUGCCAUCAUGUCGCUGCUUGUCUCCUCAUACGCGUUCCACGAGCCUGCCUAUGCCAUCCUGCUCGCCUUCCUCUCCGGCUGCAUCCAGCUAGCCAUGGGGUUCCUGCGCCUUGGUUUCCUUCUGGACUUCGUCUCCUGCCCGGUCAUUAAAGGGUUUACGUCAGCUGCUUCUGUCACCAUUAGUUUCAACCAGAUCAAGAACAUCCUGGGGCUGCAGGGGAUCCCUCGGCAGUUUUUCCUGCAGGUGUAUGAGAUACUGCGGAGGAUCGGGGAGACCAGGGCUGGGGACGCUGUCCUGGGGCUGGCCUGCCUGGCUGCACUGGCAGGGCUCCAGGUGAUGAAGAGCCACCUGCCCCGAGUUGCCCAUGUGGAGCCGCUGGCUGCCAGGGUUAGCUACCUGAUCGUCUGGACCUCCACCACGGCACGCAAUGCCCUUGUAGUCCUGUUUGCUGGCCUGGUUGCUUACUCCUUCCAGGUGAUGGGCUUCCAGCCACUCACGCUCACCAGCAGCAUCCCCCAGGGCCUCCCUGCCUUCCGGCUGCCACCCUUCUCCGUGGCUGCACCCAAUGGCACUGUCCCCUUCUGGAGCAUGGUGGAGGACAUGGGGGUCGGGCUGGCUGUGGUCCCACUCAUGGGCCUGCUGGAGACUGUUGCGAUUGCCAAGGCUUUUGCCUCGCAGAACGGUUACAGGAUUGACCCCAACCAGGAGCUGCUGGCUAUGGGCUUCGCCAACGUCCUGGGCUCCUUCGUCUCAGCGUAUCCCAUCACGGGCAGCUUUGGCCGGACAGCGGUGAACGCGCAAUCGGGUGUCUGCACCCCUGCAGGAGGGCUCAUCACAGGUGCCCUGGUCCUGCUCUCGCUGGCGUACCUCACCUCGCUCUUCUACUACAUCCCCAAAGCAGCGCUGGCUGCCGUCAUCAUCUCGGCUGUGGUCCCCAUGUUUGAUGCUGGGAUCUUCAGGACGCUAUGGCGGGUUAAGAGGCUGGACCUCGUGCCCCUCUGCGUGACGUUCCUGCUCUGCUUCUGGGAGGUCCAGUACGGCAUUGUGGCUGGGGUGUUGGUCUCAGGGGUUCUCCUGCUUUACUCCAUUGCCAGGCCCCCAGUAAAGGUGUCGAAGGGGGAUGUGCUCCUCGUGCAGCCAGGGAGCAGCCUGCAGUUCCCAGCCAUGGAGUGCCUCAGGGAUGCUGUGUGCAGCCAUGCUCUGGCAGCAGCAUCUCUACCACGCUCUGUCAUCCUGGACUGUUGCCAUGUCAGCAGCAUCGAUUACACCGUGGUGGUGGGGCUGGCAGAGCUGCUGCAGGAGCUGCGCAAGCACGGCCUCUCGCUGGCCUUCUGCAGCCUGCAGGACCCUGUUCUCCAAGUCCUGCUGUCUGCAGACUUAGAAGGAUUCCAGCAUUUCCUCAGCCGGGAGGAGGCAGAGAGAUGCAGAGGAGCGGAGCCGGGGGAUGGCGGGGCAGCCCCCUACACCAGCACCAGCGAGAGCUCAUUGCUGCCCACGGGGCUCAUCCAGUGAGUCAAGGAACCCCCUGGAACCUCCUCAGGGACACUGUUGCCUUGCCAUCUCCUUGCUACUGAUUGUUCCAGGGCUGUACAUCCUGUGUCACACAGAGCAGCGGCUGUGACAUCCAACCUGCAUCCUCCGCUGGAGCUGCCUGCACCUGCCCUGCCUCCUGGCAGCUGGGUGGGAUGCCUGUCGGGGGACUGUCCCCAUGUCACACGCAGGGGAGGGCAGAGCAGCACCAGUGCAACCCCACACAGGCUGCAUGGGCGGCACGAGGGGAGGGAGUGCUGCUGGAGACACUGGGACCAGGGGUCCGGCUGGUCCCUCACCAGCUCCUCAGCCCCGCCAGAGCUCUGGCUCCUUGCUGGUUCUCUAGACCAAAGACAGGUGGAAGGGAUUAGUGGGGCAAAGCCAUUCCCCAUCAUGGUCACUGGGAAAAAGCCAUCCCUCCUGCAGGCUUUCCCCAUCCUCGAAACUGCUGUCUUUUAAAAAUCAGCUAUUUUAAUUCUGAA